CUCACUAUAGAACCCUGUGGGAUGAUCUAAGAACAGAAAGAACAUUCAGAAAACAAAGCAUCGGAUAUGGCCACCCCCAGCAGUCUCCUGUCUGAAGAUCAGUUACAGUGUUUAAUCUGUUUGGAUGUCUUCACUGAGCCAGUCACCACUUCAUGUGGACACAGCUUCUGCAAGGCCUGUAUCAGCAGGUACUGGGAUAGCGCUGGCCUCUGCCAGUGUCCAAUGUGUAACGAGAAAUUCAACAGGAGACCUGAGCUUCACAUCAACACAACAUUGAGAGAAGUUGUAGAGAAUUUAAAAAUAAAGGACAUAGUUCAAAAUGAGUCCCAUACGGGAGAGGUAUCCUGUGAAGUCUGCACUGGGAGGAAGUCCAAAUCCUGACAAGUGUGCCUAGCCUCUUACUGUGAGACUCACCUGGAGCCUCAUCAGAGAGUCCCAGCGUUAAGGAAACACAAGUUGAUUGACCCUGUUGAGAACCUGGAAGACAGGAUGUGUAAGAAGCAUGAGAGACCUCUGGAACUGUUCUGUAGGACUGACCAGAUGUGUGUUUGUCAAUUCUGCACUGAAACAGACCACAAAGCUCAUAAUACUGUCCCUCUAGAGGAAGAGUGUGGAGAGAGGAAGGUUAAACUGGGGAAAACUGAGGCAGGCGUGCAGCAGAUGAUCCAGGAGAGACUGCAGAAGGUUCAGGAGAUCAAACACUCAGUAGAGCUCAGCAAGAAAGACACAGGGAGAGAGAUAUCAGACAGUGUCCAGGUCUUCACUGAUCUGGUGCGCUCCAUUGAGAGAAGCCAGGGUGAGCUCAUUGAGGUGAUUGAGGAGAAGCAGAAAGCAACAGAGAGGCGGGCUGAAUGGCUCAUUAAAGAGCUGGAGCAGGAAAUCACUGAGCUAAAGGGGAGAAGCACUGACCUGGAGCAGCUCUUACACACUGAGGACCACCUCCACCUCCUCCAGAGCUUCCCAACCCUGUGCACCCCUCCACACACCCAGGACUGGUCUGAGAUAAGUGUUCACAGUAAUCUGUGUGUGGGGACCUUGAUGAAAGCUGUGUUUCAGCUGGACGAAACACUGAAUAAAGAGAUGGAGAAGCUACCUGAAGUCAAACUGAAGAGGAUGAAGAGGAUACAGCAGUAUGAAGUGAAUAUAACUCUGGAUCCUGAUACAGCACAUCCUGAACUUAUCCUCUCUGAAGAUGGGAAACAAGUGAGACAUGGAGAGACACAAAGAAAUCUCCCUGACAACCCAGACAGGUUUGAAAGAGUUGUUAAUGUCCUAGGAAAGGAUGGCUUCUCAUCAGGGAGAUUUUAUUAUGAGGUGACGGUCAAGGGGAAGAUUGAGUGGGAUUUAGGAGUGGCCAGUGAGUCCAUCAACAGGAAGGGUCCGAUCACACUGAGCCCUAAGAAUGGAUACUGGGCUGUGUGGCUGAGGAAUGGAAACGAGUACAAGGCUCUUGGUGACCCCCGUGUCUUGCUAUCCCUGAAAGAGAAGCCCCAGAAGGUGGGGGUGUUUGUGGAUUUUGAGGAGGGUCAAGUCUCCUUCUACGAUGUAGAGGCCAGGUCUCAUAUCUACUCUUUCACUGGCUGCACCUUCACUGAGAAACUCUAUCCAUACUUUAGCCCCUGUUUUAAUGAUGGUGUUAACUCUGCCCCUCUGAUCAUCUCUCCUGUCAAUAACACAGACUGAUGAACAAGUCUCAGAUGUGUUGUUGGAAUGGGAACAAAUCAGUAAAUUAAAGGGACAAUUAAAAAAAAAAAUCUACUUCAUACUCAUAAUCUCCAGCACCACCCCAACAUCAACAUAUGUGAAAAUGGUGCAUUUCUAUGUUUUGUCAUAAAAAAAUAUUGUCAACCAAUUAGAAGAGAGUUAAUAGGCAAUGACUACUCCUAAUUGGUUAAAAUCACAAUGCACACCAAUGAUGAUGAAUAUGAAGUUGAACAUUUUUUAA